AUGCCAUGUUGUUUAGAAACAAUUGGUAGAAAUAGUUGUGAAGAGAUGUCAAGAACUAAGCCAUAUGCAUUUGAAGAAAAAUGUGAAAAUGAUCCCGAUUUUGCCAUUAUACAAUGUUGUCAGACUUGUCAAACCAGUGUUAAGGAUUAUGGUUUAAAAAUUUUCAAGAAAGGAAAAAAAAGUAAAGAAUGUUUUGACAGGCAUGCCAAAAAAUUUUGCCUUCAAUUUUUAUAUCGUUUAGGAGCGUGGUCGGGAAUGCAAAAUAAUGAGAUGAGUUGUGAAGGUGAUUCGUUACCAUUAGCUUUUAGGAUAUGUAGAAAAACAUGUGGAUUUUGUGAUAGAAGAUUAUACAUUAAUAACAAUGUUUCAGAUUAUUGUAAGGAACGCGAAAAAAAAUACCUUAAUUAA